GAAGUUAGUAAGGAUGAGAAGCAAUUCAUGAAUAAGGAGGAGGAGUUGAGCAAAACCAACUUGCCUUGUACUUCAGUUACGACGCAUACUAGGGCUAUUGGGAUCAUAUAUCCUCCCCUAGACAUCAGAAACAUUGUUGACAAAACUGCUGAAUUCGUGGCGAAAAAUGGACCUGAAUUUGAGCAGAGGGUCUUAGCUAAGAAUACUGGAAAUGCAAAGUUCAACUUUUUGAUUUCCUCAAGUCCCUUCCAUGCAUAUUAUCAGCAUCGGUUGUCUGAAUUCCGUGGACAGCAACCUUCUUCUCAGUUUGCAGAUUCUGCUGCACCCGAGUCGGCCCCACCAGCUCCGGCUGCAGACGGUGAAGCAGGAGGAGCACCAAAGCCUGACCUCUCUGCCCACUUUAAACCAGCGUGCAAAGUGCUCGAAACACCAGAGGCCGAGCAGUAUACUGUUCGGCUUCCUCAAGGAAUAACUGGAGAAGAGUUGGAUACUGUUAUGCUCACAGCCCAGUUUGUGGCUCGAAAUGGGAAAUCUUUUUUGACAGGAUUGACAAGCAGAGAAAUCAAUAACCCCCAGUUCCAUUUUCUGAGGCCUAAGCAUAGUAUGUUCUCAUUUUUCACUUAUCUUGCUGAUGCGUAUUCAAAGGUGUUGAUGCCGCCUAAGGGUUUGACAGAGAAGCUUAAGAAAAGUGUUGCAGACAAUGCAACCAUGCUUGAAAGGUGCGUGAAUCGACUGGAGUGGGAACGUUCACAAGAGCAGGCAAGGCACAAGGCUGAAGAUGAAAUUGAGCAGGAAAGGAUACAAGCGGCUAUGAUUGAUUGGCACGAUUUUGUUGUGGUUGAAACGAUUUACUUUGCUGAUCAUGAGGAUGAGGAUUUACCUCCUCCAAUAGCCCCUGAGGAAGUUAUAAGGAGAAGCAAGGUCACAAAUAUGGAAGAAGAUAUUGUCGAGACUGGUAAGGAGGUGGAAAUGGAAUUGGAUGAAGAAGACUGGAGGACAGACAGACUUGAAGAAAAGGAGACUAAGGUGGCAGAGGAUCCAGAACCACCAAUGAGAAUUGUGAACAACUGGAAGAGACCUGAGGACAGGAUCCUUUCCCGAAGAGACCCAACAAAGUAUGUCAUUUCCCCAAUCACUGGGGAGCUUAUCCCUAUCAAUGAGAUGUCUGAACACAUGAGGAUUUCUCUUAUUGAUCCAAAAUACAAGGAGCAGAAAGAACUAAUGUUCGCUAAGCUUCGGGUGACUACUCUUGCUCAGGAUGAUGAAAUCUCAAGGAAUAUUCUGGGCCUUGCACGAACCCGCCCUGACAUUUUCGGUACCACAGAGGAAGAGGUUUCUAACGCUGUCAAGGCUGAGAUUGCAAAAAAGAAUGAUGAGCAACCAAAACAGGUCAUAUGGGACGGUCACACUGGAAGCAUUGGCGUCACAGCAAAUCAAGCCAUUUCACAGAAUGAUGUAUUUAACGAAGAUGCAAAGAGUCUUCCUGGUCCAAAACCUGCUGUGCCUUCAGUUCGUCCUCUUCCCGCACCACAUGGUCUCGCAUUGAAUCUACCUCGUGUUCAUCCAAACACAGUCCAGUAUUCUGCUCCAACUAGCAGUGGCCUCCCUGUACCUCCACCAAGGCCCCCAGUUGUCCAAUAUCAAUCAGUUGCAUCACCUGGACCUCCAAUGCCCAUGAGUUCUGGACAGCAGCCCCUUUCAAUGAACCGACAGAUGCCUCCAUCAAUUUCUAUGAGUGCACCUAGUAUUCCUGUACCACCUCCACCUGGUUCUCAGUUUGCACUCAUGCAAGCUUAUAUCCCCCUUCCUGUUCCUCCACCUGUAAUGCAAAUGAUGCCACCACCACCACCUCCACCUCAGAGAGCCCCUUGUCCGCUUCCAGAAGAACCUGCACCAAAGCGCCAGAAGCUCGAUGAUUCUAUGCUUAUUCCAGAAGAUCAGUUUCUGGCACAGCAGCCAGUGCAGGGACCUGUUCGCAUCACAGUAUCCAUCCCCAAUGUUGAUGAAGGUAAUCGGAAGGGACAACUGUUGGAGAUUACAUUGCAGUCUUUAUCCGAAACUGUUGGGAGUCUCAAAGAAAAAAUUUCUGGGGAGAUCCAGCUUCCUGCAAACAAGCAGAAACUGAGUGGAAAACCUGGUUUUCUCAAGGACAAUAUGUCGCUUGCAUAUUACAAUGUUGGAGCAGGAGAAACACUAACUCUUUCAUUAAGAGAGCGCGGUGGAAGAAAGAGAUGA